UUAUUGAAUUUUUAUUAUUAUAAUAUAAUAGUAUCUAAUAUACAUAAGUCAAAUUAUAUCUUUCUAAGUAUUUGAAUGAUUAUACCUUCUUGGGCUAAUCGUUCUUCUUGUAGUUUUUGACAUUGUUUUGAAUAAUUAUAUCUAUUAAUUUAUACAAAAUACAAAUAUACUUGAAUUAGUUAGACAUAGAUUUCAAAUACCCGAUUCACAAUUAUGUGUGUCAUAUUCAUUAGUAGUGUACAACACAUUAAUGGUGGAUAUCGAUUGAUUGUUGCAUCUAACCGAGACGAAUAUUAUAAUCGUCAGACGUUGCCUGCAAACUAUUGGUCAGAGGACCAGGACAUCAUUGGAGGACGUGAUUUGAUGUCAUCAAAUGAGGGUGGCACUUGGUUGGCUCUAAACAUCCGUGGUAAGUUGGCCACUCUAUUAAAUGUGUUUGAAUUAGAUAAAAUACCAAACGCUAAAUCCAGGGGCCAACUGGUCAAGAACUUUGUGAAAGAUAAUUCUUCAGCCCUAGAAUAUUUGCAAGAAUUACAAGGAUCGCAAGACUUGUAUAAUGGAUUUAAAAUGAUCACUAUUACAAUGAACAGGUUAUCUUUAGAAACACAUUUCUUUACCAAUUUUGUACAAGAUGGAGGACCACCCAUGAAACACCUACAAAACGGUGUACAAGGAUUUGGAAAUGGACCUUUUUUAAAAGUGGCAGAGGGAAAGAAACGUUUUAAUGACAUUGUUAAGAAAUAUGGACAUAGUCACAAUAAAGAUAUAUUGAUCAACGAACUGCUAGGACUUUUGAAAUGGGAUAAGCUACAUUAUCCUGAUGAAGAGUUGAUCAAGCGGACUCCAAAAUUCCCCGGAACUGAUAACCAGAAGAAAUUUAGUUCCAUUUUUGUAGAAAUGCCAGCUCGUCAAUACGGCACUCGAACACACACAAUAAUACUAAUAGACCACGAUGGAAAAGUAGAAUAUAACGAAUGGACCAAGUCUGGUUCAAUUUGGAAUCAUCAAUGUUUUACGACUGCAUUAAAAUGUGAAAUUUAGAAUGUGUACUCUACAUGUUCUUUAGACUAAAAACUUUAUAGUUUUUUUCAGUUUAAAAUGUUCUUGAAUUUAUAUACAGAAACCAUAAAACAGGAGCAAACUGGAAGGUAUGCGAGUCUGAAUUCUAUAAAAUUCUAAAAUUCUAUAUAAUGGUAAACUUAUAGCAAUAACCAGGGCUCAUUAACUUAUAGCUCUAAAGAAUGUUAGUUAAGUAAAGGUUGUUAUAAGAGCAAUAAUGUGAUUUUAAAAUAAUUUAUAUAAGCACUUAAAUAUGCAUUUAAAAUACCAGAAUAUGAAAAAAUUUGAAUAAUAUUCCCCAGAAUUGUUUAUUUUGCCUUGGUACUCUAUUGUUUUGAAGGUGGUACUGAAUUAGACACAAAAUAACAUUUCAACUUUGAAAUAUGUAACAUAUAAUUUCUUAUUUAGCUUCUUGGUUUUCUAAAACACAUUUAUAGCUCACAUGUGCACCUUAGGACCUCUAAAAAAAAAACUAAUGAUAGAAGUUACGAGUCAUAGUAAUAACUAAUAACUAAUAAGUAAUAUUGUUAAAAUUCAGCAGCCCCCAUACUGAUGAGACCUUAAGUGCUAUAGCACACCCAGCAUAGGGUACAGCAUACAAUUAGUUGGGGCGGGGGGAUUAGCCUAUAACUGCAAAUUAUAAUAUUAUUGAUGUUUUUUAAACAUUAGAAAGAUUUUAUACAUUUUUUUAUACACCUUUGGUUAAAAUAUAUAUGAUUUAUUAUCAUUUAUUAAUACAUUAGCGAUGUACUUGUAAUUCCAUACAAGAAAAAAUGUUCAAACAUUGUAAAUAGACAAUAAACAUAUUGUAUAUGAUAUUAUAU